UUUGCAAACUUUUACAGAUUGCAGUAGAGUCUAGUAAAACCUUGGUGCCAAACGGACUUCCACGGCUUUUUGCAUCCAUGGGAGCAAAGGUUGCAGGCAAAGCAGUGGGACGGGUUGGAGCAGGAGUUGUUGGACUGGUGUUUUCAGUUCCUGAGCUGGUGAUCAACUGUAGUGAUGUUAAUAAAUGCGAUAGUGAAGCCAGUGUGAAUCUGAGAAAAAAUGCUACUGACAUGCGGAAAGCUGCUGAUCAGAUGGAAAAGGAACUUCUUCAAAUUCGAAAGAUCUUCCAGAGGUUAGUUGAAGUUAGAUGCCAAAUUGAAACCAGAAAAAGAAGCCCUGAUGACAUGCAAAGGCUGUUAGAUUUUGCAAUGGAAAACUGUACGGAUAAAGCUGUUCGGCGUUGGCUCGGACUUAACGCAGAGUCAGAGAUCUUCUCCAAGUUGGUGGAGAUGUUUCAGGUCCUCAAGGAAGAGAUGGAUAAGGAAGAGGAUAAAAAUCACAGUGAUGAUGUUGACAUCACCUUCGUGGCUCAUGGAGUAAUCACAGAUACCAUGAUGCCAGCCAGCUGUCUGCUGCCUCUGCCCACCGUCUCAGACGUCGUCCUGUAUUCUCCCUGGAACUGUAAUCUUGAAGCGGAGGCAGCAUACGGUGUGGCUACAGGGAAAAUUAAACUGUCCCACAGAAGGUUUUGCUGCUCACCUGGCUGUAGGACUCCAGGAAAAAAACAUCGCCUCAAGAAUGUGCCCGACAAUUGGAACUCAAUGAGGGCAGCUGGAAAUCUAAAUAUUCCCAACAUUAUUGUGUCUCCUCUGAAAAUACCUGAAGAUGGUAAAUGGAAAGGAAUUGAGGUCCUAAAAGUAAAACAGCAGAAACCUGGAAGGACCCGUAUCAUCAUACCGUUUAUCCUUCCAUCAACUGAUCCAAAAGAGCGCAUCUCUCUUCCAGUGGUAACCCUGGCUCUGUCACUGGUGCUCAUGUUUUCCAGGUUUCAGGCCACGCUCCACCUCGCCGUCUGUCUGGGAAAAGGAGAUAAAGUAAUGAAUUUAGAUGAGGAAGCUCUGAAGCAGCAGUAUGCCUGCACCAUUGACUAUACAGGAAUGGCCUCAACAGAGAGGAUGUUGGCCUCUACCUUACAAGCCAUUAGAUCUUCAAUAAAAAACAUGUUCUCGAGAAAUUCCAGCUUAGAAAGCCAAGGCAGUGCACAUGUGAGGCUGUCCAAAGCAUUCAAAGCAGCGUUUCGCUGAACCUCUCAGUGAUGGGCACUGCAAAAAUGAUCUAGAAAUAAGUAAAAAGGUCUUAA